UUAUAGGUCCGGCAUUCUUCUGAGAACGUUGACCGUUUGUCUACGCUGGUCGCUUUUCUCAAACGCGCUUUUCUCUUUCGGCGGUCCCUGCGUCACGUUCGCGACGGUGACGUUUCAGUUUCGUUUCGUGGAGUGUGGAAGAACCCUCCAAGUCUGGAAACCCGGCAGACAUCGUGGCAAGUCAGAGGAGAAACGUUGUGGGACGCGCGUGAAAGAAUUCGAGAAGAGUUUCAGAGAUGCCUCGGCGUGCUUGCCUUUCUUCGUCUUGUGUUCUUUCGCGUCUGCUCUGCUGGUGAAACAUCUUGUCUCAACCGUUUUCCUGGUGUGCGCGCGCAGCGGUAACCGCCUUUUCCGUGGGGUGCACCGCCUCUUCGAACCGUUGGACUGCCGUGAUUUUCUGGAGCAUUCCAUCUCAGACUUCUCCCGUUUCCGUGGCGAUUUGCCCUCGAAAGACUCGCUUGUUCAACUCCGCGAAAGAGGCGCGAUUUUCAGGUUCUGGCUGGCGUACACUGGGCACGCGCCCUCCGCGGUAUCGCUGGAAUCUCGGUCUCCCGAUUCUGCCGCAUUCCUCCUCGCUUGUCUGGCGAAUUCUCUUUGCUGAACACGCUACUGGUUUUCCUGUCCAGUCGCGAUCGAUUCGUGCCGAGGGAGGCUUCCUUGCCACAAGCGUUCUCUCCUUACCCCAGCUGCUGUGUAGUCGACCAGCCGGUCGAGGUCUCCUUUUCUAGCGUUUGUUUUUCUCCCGUCUAACUUCUUCGUUGACUUUCCUGUCGCGAUGGCGGACAUCAAGAACAGCUUCUCUGAGAAGAAGCUGGACAUGAGCUUGGACGAGCUCAUUGCACAGGAAAACGCGACGAAGGGGCCGCAAAGACGGAACAACGCCGGCAACUCGCAACAGCAGGGAAGAAGGAACCACGGAAGCAGUCAGCGACAAGGUCCCUACUCCCGGUCGUCCGGAUCGAACUACAGAGAUGCUGUUGGGCGUGAGUACCUCCUGGAGGGCUCUGGGACCCAGGGGGCCUUCAAGUCCGGCGGCCCUCGACCUGGCGGCCCUACUCCGUUUGUCCCACACGUUUACACCGUGAAAGUGAAGAACCUUCCUCUCGACGUUCCCGAGAGAGAACUGGAGAAUCUCCUUCGGCGGCACUUCGGCGUCUGCGGCAGCGUCGUGCGCAUCAUCUUCCGACAGAAGAACCCUGGCGAAGCCUACAUCGGCUUCAACGAAUCGUCGUCAUGUUCCAAGGCGUUGGCGGAGCUUCAAGGCAGUAAACUGAAGGGUCGCGUCUUGACAAUCGAGAAGGGCCAGCCAACAGGUCCCGCGCCUCCUCGGGGGCCUGGGGGCGACUUUGCGCGGCGAGGUCCGACUGGUCGUAGCGCGGGAGUUUCCCCAGCGAGCGUUGUACCUCUCCAAGCCGGGGCUUACGGAAACUUCGCGGUGAAUGUACAUCCGAACUUCGCGCGCGGAGGGCCUCCCUCGGGCCUUCUGGGGCACUGUCCGCCCACGCUUGCCUUCGUCCCCAGAGACGGCGCCUUCACCAACGGAGGCGGGGCGGAAUGGUACGUAGACGCGCGAGCUGCGCCGGCGCCUGUCGUCUCGCCUGUCGCGUACGGAAGUUCUCACGGACCGUCGCUUGUCGGAAAGCAAGCUGCUACACAGGCGGGCACGACUAUCAUCAUUUCGAAUGUUCCCUGCGAUUUGACUGCUCAAGAACUGCAAGAUGCUUUCUCCGUUGUCGGCGCCGUGCUCAGAACAGAACUUCUUCUGAACGCGUCUGGGGCUCCCACGGGGCGAGUGGCUCUCACCUUCGAGACUCGCCACGCAGCGCUAGAGGCCGUUCGGCGCUUCGAUGGAGGCGACUUGAAUGCCCACACAAUCCGAGUUUUUCUCGAGUAAAGCACUGUUCCAUCAAUCCAAAAGCGACUUGUAAGAAGAUCAAGGAGGGCAGACACUGAGCAGCCUGCAGCAGUCCACCGGGAAGAGGGGUACAGCGAGCAAACCGAACUUGGUUGUACGUCAAAAGAACUGGACUCCUGCUCAAACAAUCUUAGGUACUCAACGUUCACGCAUCAUCAAGAACUCGGUUGUAUGUGCCUGAUAAUCACUGGAGUCGUGCCCGGUCUACGAAGCAGAGCCUUGUUCCCGUGGUUUGCCUUCUAUGUGGUUGUCUCGCGUUUACUCAACAGAAGAUAAAGUACUAAAUCUGGGUGUCUGUAAGGGUAGGAGAGGCGGCAGCGUCUGUGUGGAAGCGUAGGUCGCGCCCGCACGGAUGCCGGGUGGGACCACAAGCCAGAGAAUUGGGUCUGUAAAUCAUACAGUUUCGAGAGAAACUGUGUAACGGUGGGACGGAGGCGUCCUAGCCCUGGGGGGGGGGCUCCUGUUGAAAAGAAGAAAAGUGAUCCCCGGGUGUUGGGCUCGAAACGAGGCACAGAUGGAUAAGUAUUUUUGGAGCACUGGACCCAGUCCAGUUUCGGAGGAGGGGGACGGAGGGAAAAAACGGAUUCAGAGACAGGGGUUUGUCACAUCAGCUUGCAUGCAUUUUGUCGGCCUGCCACGGCGCCUCUUUGGAAAGAUGCAUCCCCACCUUUCGACUCCGGAGGGAUAGUGAGGUGGGGAACGUCGUCUUUGCCGGGACACAGGCAAAAAGGUUGUCGACACCGGGAGCAUGCACGCAUGUGUAGACAGAGGGUGCAUGUUUGGCGAAGGGCGGUGUGUGAAACAGAAAGAACCGUCGUGGUUUACACGAUUCCGUGCAGGAGGCCUGUCAUCUUUAUCGGUCUGCGGGAAGGUUGGUAUGGACCUCGUGCUAGGAUGGAGUGUUACGGCGGCUGCGCACCGAGUACCCGGUUGGCUCUCGGGGGAAAACGUGCUCGGUUUCUCUGUCGCCGUGUCUUGUACAUCCGCAUAUUUUAUCGAGGACAUCUAAUAUCUUCAAUCGAUCUUGGAAAAAAGGAGAAAAUCAAAAGCCGCUAGGUAGAAAAAUGCUAGACUUCCUCCUCGAAGAGGGGGAAAGAUCGGAGUUAGCUCGCGGUGCAUGCGCGCUGCACAACCUAGUGAGAAGACGCUAAUUCCCCGGCGAAACUUUGACUUACUAAACCAGCAUGGGAUGAUAAAUAUAACAGGAUGCGAUUGACAGUGGAC